GGAUGUGACUGUGAGUGUGUGUGUGUGCUUCACGAUUAUUAAGCAAAAUGUUUGCCCAAAUGUAUGGCUCAAAUGCGUGGCCAAGCCUAAAACAGGCUGAGGCUUGCAAUUAAACACAAAAGAUACAAAAGUAUCUGCAACUGUAAACAACCCAACGGAGUGUCAGCGUGUGUGUGUUUGUUGGCAAUAAAACCAAUCAAAAAGUUUACAACAACAGCCACAACAAUAGCAACAACAAUAACCAGAAAUUCAAACAUCAAACAGCGGCAAGAUGCAGUUUUGGAUAACUUUGACAUUUGCAUUGCUUUUGGUUGGCAUCAACUGCAGUGCCCAGGUAACCGUGCCCUCACCCUCUACUCCGGCUGUGCAAAAGUUCCGGGUUACUCCACACGAUUUGCAAAUACUGGAGGGCACAGAUACGCUGCUGCGCUGUGAGGUCUCCGCCCGCGCCGGCAAGGUGCAAUGGACCAAGGACGGCUUUGCAUUAGGAUUCUCAGCGGUGAUACCCGGCUAUCCGCGGUAUUCCGUACUCGUGGACGCUGCCCAUGGCUCAUACAAUUUGCAAAUCAAGAACGCCACGCUCGAGGAUGAUGCGGAGUAUCAGUGCCAGGUGGGACCUGCUGCCGGGAAUCCCGCAAUUCGGGCCAAUGCCAAGCUGAGCAUUGUGGCAGCACCUAGUAGCAUUUACAUCGAUGGAUAUUCACGCAAUGCCAAGGUUGAGGUCAUCGAGCGUCAGAAUUUAACGCUUCAGUGCAUCACUGAGAAUGCUAAUCCUGCGGCCGAGAUUGUCUGGUAUCAGGGAGAGACGCCAGUGACAUUGGUGCCCAUUGUCACAGUGAAUCAGACGGCGGCUAAACGCUUCCGCACCAGCUCCACCUUGCACCUGCAGCCACGUUCCGAUGAUGACUACAAGGAAUUCUCCUGUGAAGCGCGUCACAAGGCCUUGCCUCCGGAUGUGCCCAUGCGUGCUCAAGUCCAGCUGUCUGUGCUUUACCCUCCUGGUCCGCCAUUCUUUGAGGGAUACAGUCAAGGCGAGACCUUGCGUCGUGGUCAGCAGCUGCAAAUCGCGUGUCGCAGUCGUGGCGGUAAUCCACCAGCUCAGCUGGUUUGGUAUCGCAAUGGUGAGAUUGUCAAUUCACCGCAACGUACCUCGGGUCGUCUCUCGGAGAAUGUGUACAAGUUUACGGCCAAUGCAUCUGACAAUGGUGCCAAUUUGGUCUGCGAAGCGAAGAAUCUGCUAUCAAACACGCCUCUGCGUGCCGAACUCAACUUGACCGUCUUAUACGCACCGAAGGAUGUAUUCCUAAGUGGAGCUACGCAGGCUAAAGUCGGGGAUGCAGUGCAGCUGAGUUGCGUUACGGCUCCUUCAAAUCCUCCGGCUCGCAUUAACUGGUCCAUGAAUGGACGUCCAUUGACAAACGGCACUUAUAAGACCAUAAGCAGCUCGGGCGGUGGUUGGGUGAGCAGCUCCAACAUUACCUUGAACAUCGACUCCCAAAGUCGCACCUUUAUCACGGUUUGUCAUGCGCUCAAUGCGGAACUCUCCCAGAAUGUGGUCGGCUCCCACACGGUGAAUGUUUUGUAUCCGCCAUCGCCGCCUCUGCUGACUGGCUACAACAAUGGCGACAUUCUCAUCUCCGGCUCUAUAUUGAAGCUGCAGUGUAGCUCGGCUGGUGGCAAUCCUCCUCCCACAUUGCAGUGGUACAAGAACGAUAAGCGAGUGAACGCUGCAUCCAAGGUAACGGAAAAUAAGAUUAUCUCGGAGCUAUCUCUUCUGGUGAAUGCCUCUGAUAACAAUGCCAUCUACAAGUGUGAAGUUCAAAAUGCUGCCAUCGAUCUUCCGCUAUUUGCAACCAAAACUCUGGGAGUUCAUUUCCCACCAGAGACAGUCAAGAUCAGCGUAGCACCCAAGAACUUGGUGCCUGGCAUACGUGCCAAAUUGAUCUGUGAUUCCAGCUCUAGUAAUCCACCUGCCAAGAUUAGCUGGUGGAAGGAUGGAAUACCCGUUGAGGGACUCAAUCUGGCCAAUCGACCUGGUCUUUGGGGUGGUUCGGUAUCCACACUGGAAAUGCACGUCAAUAUUACCCAAGAUCUGGAUGGUUCCAUCUACACCUGCCAGAGUCACAAUGAAGUUCUGCAGCGCAGCGUACAUGAAACCAUCAGCCUGGACAUACUCUUUCCUCCCAAGUUCGAUACCGCUCAGAUUACCACGUUUGUGGGCGUUGAAGGAGCACCACUUCAAGUGGAACUUCAUGCCAGCGGCAAUCCGAUGACCAUAAGUUACACCUGGACAAAGGAUGGUCUGCCGAUUAGCAGCAAUUUGCUGAGCGGUCAAAGAUUGAUCUCAGACGGACCUCGUCUCAAUAUCAGUCGCCUCAAUCGCAACGAUGCGGGUAUCUAUGUGUGUGAGGCACUCAACACUCAAGGCACAGCCAUGUUGGAGAUUCAAGUGAUGGUCGAAUAUGCACCCAUUAUAACCACUGUCACUGAGGGUCAGAGCUUUGUGACUGGCGAGCAGGCUGUGCUGGCCUGUCAAGUCCAAGCUCGUCCCUUGGAGGCAUCCCAUGUGCGUUGGUCACGUCCUGGCUACGACUUUGCCACACGCACCACAUCCAGCUUUGAGAACAACACUGCAUUCCUGCACAUUGAGAAUGUCCAGCGGGUCGACAUUGGCAAUUUCACCUGUACAGUGGACAAUCAACGUGGUCCGGCAGCGUCACAGAAUGUCCUGCUCGUGGUGCAGACUGCCCCUGAAAUUGAUCAUUCUCCUGGCUAUACAAGAUUCGCAGCACGUCUGGGAGUUCGAGCUCAGCUUAUUUGUCGUGCCUUGGCUUCACCACAGCCCAAUUUCAUUUGGCGACGACAUGGCAAGGAUCUCAAGAUGCAGCGACGCAACAAAUUCAGCAGUGUCGAUCGCCAGGUGGAUCCCCUGCACUUUGAGUCCGCUCUGCUCGUGGAGAGCACCUCGGCGGACGACUAUGGACAGUACGAGUGUGUGGUGCGCAAUUCGAUGGGUCAGGCCAGCACCACAAUUGAGUUCAGUAAGCCCUCGCGUCCAGAUGCCCCACUGCAGUUGCGGGUGGGAAAUGUCAGCGAUACGAGUGUGGAGCUGCUCUGGACAGCUGGCUUCGAUGGUGGCAUGCAGGCUUAUUAUCGCAUACGCUUCAAGCAGCAUGGUGAGGAUAAGUACAAGUAUGUGGACGCCAAGGUGGGGCAAUACAAUAUCACGCUGGAGGGUCUGAAGCCCGGUGGCACCUACUACUUCUCCGUUAUGGCCCACAAUGAGGCAGGCGGCAGCAAGUUCCUGCCUGACCUCAAGCUCACCUUGAGCAAGGGAUCGCAGCCGCACUCUGCAGAGUAUACGGAAAAGGAUGAGCUGCCCAAUGUGAUGAUCAUUGGCAUUACCUCGGCCGCCAUGGUUCUUCUGGUUUUGAAUGCAGCACUUGUGGCCUGGUUUGUCAUUCGUCGUCAGAACAAAUCUCAGGGCGAAACGGAGCCCAGCAACGAUGAUGCCUACUCCAAGGAUGACAAUCAGUCGGUUUAUAAGCUGCCCAUGUCUGCAUUGCAGGCGGACGUGCAGAAGAAAGCGGCGGCAUCCACAUAUCUUGUCGAGAACGUGGACAUCAUACAGUCAACGGCGUAUCCUCCCAAAUACCAGGAGAGCUCCAUGUGCACACCACCCUAUCCGCUGUGCAAUCCGGACUUUACACGCACUCUACCCAAUCCCAAGCGGCACAGUCAACGCAAUAGUGCUACGGGUCUAAUCGAGGGUUUGCCCAUGCGAGCCAAAGACGAUCACAUGCUGAUCUCAAAUGGUCUCUAUAUACCAUCGCCCUCGCCUGCCUCCUCGCUGGUCAUCAAGGGCAGCUACAUAUCAUCGCCAUCGCCAGCGCCACCAGCAGAUGGCUCCUACUUCAAUAUGAGCGAUAAAUACAUGUCCUAUCCACCAGUGACCUACUAAACCGAGCAGCGCGUCAAAGACGAAAAACAACAACAAACACCAGCCAAACCCAGCUAGACUGAUUGACAUAUACACACACAUAAACACACAAACACAUUCAUCACAAACACAGCUAAAGCAUACA